CCUGCUCUUUCUCAUUUUUGUCAAGCAGAGCGUAUCUUGCCAUGGUGGAUCACCAUCCAUCUGUACUUGAAUUCUACACAUAGACUAAUGACAUAAUACUUUUCUGGGAGUCAUGAUUGCUCCCACUUGAUCAGCAACGAAGCCCAAUCAACGAGGGAGUUCUCACGGUUGGUGGAUCACCAAGAACUUGUCCCUGUUAAUUAUUCUAAUCUAAGGACUAUAACUUUACUGUAUGGGAGACAUGAGGGUUCCCACUGGAUCAGCAGGUCAUGCUCAACCAACGAAGGAGUUCUCCGUUGGGUGGGUGGAAUCCCCACCUGAUGGAUCACCAGGCAGUUCAAGGAUACCCAUUCACUCCUCAGCUUUUGCUGAGCGUGUAGUUGUUUUGCUACAUGCAGGGAGACAUGACGGAGCAGUAGAUGGCUGGAGCUUACUGCCACCACCGCCGCCACCAGUGGCGGUGGUCAUCAUCGAGAAGCUCCGGAAGAAUGGAGCUGAGGAAUUCUUUGGUGAUCAGAUCGCCGACCCCAUGAUUGCCAAACGGUGGUUUGAGCGAACCAUCCGAGUGUUGGGGAACCUGAGGGUUCCACAGGAGCAGCGUGGCGACCUCACAGUCGCAUUACUUCAAGAUUCCGCCUACGACUGGUGGAAGCGUGUGGGAGCAGACGUUCCGGAGCCCGUGCAGCACCCAAGAGAGUGUUGGUACACUCUUGGCCUAUGCCUGGGGUGUGGCCAGGCCGGGCAUUUCCGAAAAGAUUGUCCGAAGAAUCCGGGUGAGGCAUUCUCGACCGCAUCAGCCGCUCCAGCCCCAGCAGCGCAGCCCGCCCAGAGUCAGAAGUCGGCGGCAGCAUCUAGCCAGCCCAAGCGGCAGGCAUCUGGCGCUCAGGCGGGGAAGGCCCCGGCCCGUACUUACGCGAUGCGAGGGCGUACUGAGCAGCCAGCCCAUGACGUCAUCAUGUGUAUGUUUACCUUGUUCGAUAACUCUAUUACAGCUUUGAUUGAUCCGGGUUCCACUCUAUCAUAUGUUUGUAUGCCUUUGCCUGUUAUGCCUAACAUUCCAAGGGAAAACCUAGACAACCCGGUAAUUGUGUCCAACCCAUUGGGACACAGUCUACGACUCACCCAUGUGUAUCACGAUUCCCCGUUAGUAGUCCAGGGAAAGAUCUUCCCUGUGAGUCUCAUUGAGCUUCCACAUCGGGAGUUUGACGUUAUUCUAGGCAUGGAUUGGCUCACCGCCAACCAAGCCGUUGUUGACUGUGGAGUUCAUACUGUUUGACUGAAAGCCGAAGAUGGUAGUGACGUACUGAUCCAUGGUGAGCUUCUUCCGAAUGCUCCAGAAUUCAUCUCCUAUAUACAUGCUCGUCGACUCAUUCGCAAGAAGUGUGAAGCAUUCUUGUGCACAGUAUGUGACACUUGUCAGGAGGCGCCCGGUAGGGGGGACAUCCCUACGGUAUGUGACUUUCCUG